AUGUCUGCACUCCGAAAGAAAUUCGGGGACGAUUACCAGGUAGUGACCACGUCAUCCAGCGGCUCUGGCUUCGGCAACCAGGCGCCGGCGGAGAAGAAGCGCAAGCGGCAGCGCUUCGUGGACAAGAACGGCCGCUGCAACGUUCAGCAUGGCAACCUGGGGGGCGAGACCAGCAGGUACCUCUCGGACCUCUUCACCACCCUGGUGGAUCUGAAAUGGCGCUGGAACCUCUUCAUCUUCAUCCUCACCUACACGGUGGCUUGGCUCUUCAUGGCGUCCAUGUGGUGGUUCAUCGCCUACAUCCGCGGGGACCUGAACAAGGCGCACAACGACAAGUACACGCCGUGCGUGGCCAACGUCUACAACUUUCCCUCGGCCUUCCUCUUCUUCAUAGAGACCGAGGCCACCAUCGGCUACGGCUACCGCUAUAUCACGGACAAAUGUCCCGAGGGCAUCAUUCUCUUCCUCUUCCAGUCCAUCCUUGGCUCCAUCGUGGACGCAUUUCUCAUCGGUUGCAUGUUCAUCAAGAUGUCCCAGCCUAAGAAGAGGGCCGAGACGCUCAUGUUCAGCGAGCACGCGGCCAUCUCCAUGCGUGACGGGAAACUCACGCUCAUGUUUCGGGUGGGCAACCUGCGCAACAGCCACAUGGUCUCCGCGCAGAUCCGAUGCAAGCUGCUCAAAUCCCGGCAGACCCCUGAAGGCGAGUUCCUCCCCCUGGACCAGUUGGAGCUAGAUGUAGGCUUCAGCACGGGAGCAGACCAACUCUUCCUGGUUUCGCCGCUCACCAUCUGCCAUGUGAUCGACACCAAAAGCCCCUUCUACGACCUCUCGCAGAGGUCCAUGCAAACGGAGCAGUUUGAAAUUGUGGUGAUUCUGGAAGGCAUCGUGGAGACCACGGGAAUGACAUGCCAAGCAAGGACGUCCUACACCGAAGACGAGGUUCUGUGGGGACAUCGCUUCUUUCCGGUCAUCUCCUUGGAGGAAGGCUUCUUCAAGGUGGACUACUCGCAGUUCCACGCCACCUUCGAGGUGCCCACCCCGCCGUACAGCGUGAAGGAGCAGGAGGAGGCCCUGCUCCUGUCCUCGCCGCUCAUGGCUCCGUCCCUGUGCAACAGCGGGGAGAAGAACAGUUCCCUGGACUGCCUGGAGACCCUGGAGGACAAUGACAGCACUACCAAGCUGCCCAGCAAGCUUCAGAAGAUCACAGGGCGGGACGGCCUUCCCAAAAAGCUGCUGAGAAUGAGCUCCACCACCUCCGAGAUGACUUACAGUUUCGGGGAGCUGCCCAUGAAGCUGCAGCGAAUCAGCUCCGUGCCAGGAGUGUCCGAUGAUAAGCAGGGCGGCAAGGCGUCCAAAAUAAGCACAGAGCCAAUCAGCAAGUCGGUGGCAGACUUACCCCCCAAACUGCAGCGACUGGCCGGGGGAGGCAGGAUGGACGGACACCUGCCGCCCAAACUCAGAAAGAUGAAUUCGGAUCGCUUUACAUAA